AUGGCUAUCUGUAUCACAUUUGGCAUGCACGAGUUUACCUCCAUGCUGGAGGGCUAUGAGAACGUGCGUGCCUAUUGCUACAAUUGCCAGCACUGGAAUGGCCACUGCCUCACCCGAUGGCCUUGGUUUACCCUCUGCUUUGUGCCUAUCCUUCCGCUCGCCAUACACAAAUACAAGGAGGUGACCUGUUACACCUGCCGAUUCACACAAGACCUGCGCGACCGGCCUGACAUUACUCCCGAAACACGGCCCCCUCAGGGAAUGAACUAUGGUCCGCAACCGCCACCACAGGCGUAUGCCUCUGGAGGGUGGCAACCGCAGCAGCAAGGGCCUCUGCAAGGGACUCCCAAUCAGAUGCCACAGUCUGAACAGCCACAGAAAACAGCCGAUCAUUAUGUAUAG